AAAAAUGUUUGAAUUUUGCUGUUAAACUAGUAGUUAGCACGUCUGAUUCUGAUCAUUAGUCUUUAAUUACCAGACUAAAUUGCAAUAUUAAGAUCAUCACAGUAGUUUUGGGAUUUCAUUAUGGUGGACAUGGAAUCAGAUUCUCAAGUUUCACCUCUCCAAAGGCCCUCUGCAAAAAAGGCUCUCCUGAUAUUGAGUUUCGUAGGACUCUUCAUAGGGAACUGCGGUUUGCCACUGAUCACGCGCCUCUAUUUCAUCCAUGGUGGCAACAGAGUGUGGCUAUCAAGUUGUCUCUUGAGUGCCGGCUGGCCAUUUAUUCUUGUUAUUAUGAUCGCGGCCUUUUACCAUCAUCGUGUCAUCAGGGGGGACUCCAGUGCCAAGCUGUUUAACAUGAAACCACGGCUGGUCCUCUUCUCGGCUGUCCUUGGUGCUCUCACUGGUGUUGGUAACUACCUCUAUGCAUAUGGCAUAUCGAAACUGCCCGUGUCUACAUCAGUACUAGUGAUUGCAUCACAACUUGCAUUCACUGCAGGUUUUGCAUAUCUACUUGUCAAGCAAAAAUUCAGUCCAUUUUCAGUCAAUGCUAUCGUUUUGCUGACUAUAGGAUCCAGUGUUCUAGCACUGCAUACGAACAGCGACAGGCCAGAAGGAGAGUCGAAUAAAGAGUACGUUCUGGGGUUCGUUAUGACGCUUGCAGCAUCGGCCGUGUGGGGAUUCAUAUUGCCAUUGACUGAGUACACAUAUCAGAAGGCAAAGCAAAUCAUCGAUUUUCCAUUGGUAAUGGAGAUUCAAUUGUACAUAAAUUUCUUUGCUACUCUGUUUGGCAUCGUCGGGAUGCUCAUCAACAAUGAUUUCAAGGUAAUACCAAGGGAAGCAAGAAACUUUGAUCUAGGAGAAACCAAGUACUACACAAUAAUAGUUUGUACUGCAAUGCUGUCACAGUUUUUCGCGAUAGGUGCAGGAGGGGUAAUAUUUUGUGCCUCGUCUUUGUUAUCUGGCGUAAUCAUAUCAGUUUUACUUCCAGUAACAGAAGUUUUAGCUAUUCUUCUGUACAAAGAGAAGUUUCAAGCAGAGAAAGGAGUUGCUCUUGUUCUUUCUCUCUGGGGAUUUGUUUCUUAUUUUUACGGAGAAAUGAAACACGCCCAAAACACAAAAGAGAAUACUAGCCCAGCUGAAAUGGAAGUGCCACUGAAUCAUGGCUAAAUAAGCAUAUUAGUUUAACUCGCAUGUAUAUAAAACAGGGCUUGUUCUGUUUGCCCUCCUGCUUUAUAGGUAAAUUAUGUUAAUUUUAAGAUCAGUGGCCAACUAAAUAUGUUUAUGUCACAUACAGUGAACGCAAACUGAUACAAAUUGUGCAGCAUGUCUAAGUGUGAUGUGAGAUUCAACUAAGAAGGUGAAUAAAUAUUAGAGAAUUCAAGUCAAA